GGCAAAUUCUUGGGACAUAUGGUGAGCAGGCGCGGUAUUGAGCCCAACCCUGAGAAGGUGCGCGCCAUCCUUGACAUGGAAGCUCCACGAAAUGUCAAGGAGGUGCAGCGCUUGACCGGUAAGUUGGCUGCGCUCAGCCGCUUCCUUUCCAAGGUAGCAGACCGAGCCGCUCCGUUCUUCCAAGCUGUGAAGAAGUCCCGAGGGUUCGUGUGGACGGAAGAAUGCCAACAAUCCUUUGAAUCCCUCAAGUCUUACCUCCUCUCUCCUCCGGUUCUCGCGAAGCCCGAAGCGGGGGAGACGUUGUCCUUAUAUUUGGGAGUUUCACCCAAAGCUUUGAGCUCGGUCCUAGUCCGAGACGAAGGUGGAGCUCAGCACCCGGUGUAUUAUACGGCAAAGACGCUGAGGGGUGCCAAGCUCAGAUACUCUGUAGCCGAAAAGACGGUCCUCGCCGUGGUCUCAACCGUGCAGCGUCUAACACCCUACUUCCAAGCUCACCCGGUUCAAGUGCUCUCCCAACAGCCCAUUGGUGCGCUGCUCAGGAGCCCGAACGCGCCUUCGCGCAUGUCCAAGUGGGCGGUGUUUCUUGGAGCUUUCCAGAUCGAAUUCAAGCCAAGGCCAGGGAUCAAGGGCCAAGCGCUAGCUGACUUCGUGGUGGAGUGCACCGCUCGGGAGGAGCCGAGCCCAGAAGAGCCGGAAGCCGAUGACUGGUGGAUAGUUUUUACCGACGGCUCCUCCGCCGCCAAAAACUCGGGGGGUGGAGUGGUAGUCAUCGCUCCCGAAGGCUUCAGAGCAUACUACUCAAUUCGAUUCGUUUUCAAUGCAUCAAACAAUGAAGCGGAAUAUGAAGCGCUCCUGUGCGGGCUACGCCUAGCAGCCGGGAUGAACGCAACAAAGCUAAGGGUAAAAUGUGAUUCAAAGCUGGUGGUUGGCCACGUCUCGGGUGAGUUCGAGGCGAAGGACGAAAGAAUGAAGAAGUACAGAGAUACCGCUCUAGAGUUGCUUAAGAAUUUCACCGCAUAUAGUGUGGAGCAGAUCCCUCGGGCGGAGAAUGCCGAGGCGGAUAUCUUGUCGAAGCUGAGCUCAGAUACGCCCGAGCAUAUCAGGCGGAUGGCGAACGUGGAAGAAUUGUCCGAGCCGAGCAUCCAUGCCUUCCCCGUGGGGAUGAUCUGCGCUCGGCCAAGAGAUUGGAUGGACGACAUAGUCGCCUUCUUGAAGGAUGGCGCCCUCCCGGACGACGCGGUAAAGGCCAAGUUGGUCCGCACUAGGGCGCCCGGGUACACUUUGGAGGGUGAAAAGCUAUACAAGCGAGCAUACAACGGUACGCUACUCAGGUGCCUCCGACCAGCUGAAGCGGAGCAAGUCAUGGAGGAGGUGCACGCGGGGAUCUGCUUCGCCCACCAAGGAGCCUACGCGGUAUCAAGGAAGAUAACCCUCCAAGGAUAUUUUUGGCCAACGAUUGUUAAGGAUUGCGCAGAGUUUGUGAGAAAGUGCAAGGUGUGCCAAAAGUUCCAGAAGGUACCGGGGAGGCCUUCGACAAACUAUACCCCCAUCAGCACCGCUAUCCCGUUCGCGCGGUGGGGGGUGGACCUCGUAGGUGCGCUUCCCAGAGGUACCGGGAACGUGCGAUAUGUCAUUGUAGCCAUCGACUACUUCACCAAGUGGGUGGAGGCGUCCCCGUUGGCGAGCAUCACUGGAGCUCAAUGCCAGAAGUUUCUCGCGAAGCAAGUCAUCUGCCGCUUCGGCGUUCCCGAACACGUAAUCACAGACAAUGGAACACAAUUCGAAUCUAAGCCCUUCAACGACUUUCUCGAAAGUUGGGGGAUCAAGCACAGCUAUGCGUCGGUUGGGUACCCGCAGACGAACGGGCAGGUCGAGAACGCCAACCGAACGAUAGUCGACGGGCUGAAGCGGAAGUUGGAAGCUUGUGGAGGGGAGUGGGCAGAGGAGUUGCCCUACAUAUUAUGGACUUACCGGACCACGCCCCGAAGGGCAACCGGGGAAACCCCGUUCGCUCUAUGCUACGGAUUUGAGGCAAGGGCACCCGCAGAGAUCUCCAUCGCAACCCAUCGGGAGGCGGUCUUUGACCCCGAGCGCAAUGAGGAAGCCCUGGCAGCUGAGCUCCACCUCGUGCAUGAAAGACGAGAGGCGGCCUUCAUUCGGGCAGAAAAUUACCGCAGGAAGGUGAAGAGCUACCAUGAUGGGCGCGUGCGCGCGCGAGGAUUCGUUGAAGGAGAUUGGGUAUUACGCAAGAGAACGGUGAGCCGCCCCCUAGAAGGAGGAAAGUUUGCCAAAAAUUACGAAGGCCCGUACAUCAUCAAAGAAGCGGUGGGUCCUUCGACGUUCCGCCUGCAGACGCCGAGCGGAGGGGACGUGCCAGGACAUGGAAUGCCGAGAACUUGGUUAAGUUUUAUCAGUAGAUCUCUUAUGUACACGGACCCCAAAGUGGGAACCCGUAGAUCUUUUCGGUUGAACUCAAUGGAAUGAAGUUUUUUGCGAAAAGAACCUGCUUGAGCACCCGCGCUCGGCGCUCCUCCUCAAGAGGGAAACUGAGUGCAGACCAUACCCGGAUGUUCUUCCCGGAUGGAGGUCACACUCGCGCUCGACGCUCCCCCCAAGAGAGGCCGAGCGCAGACCAUACCCGGA